AAAUACACAUACCUUAUUAAUUUUUUUACUGACUUAAUCGAAUCAGAAUGUCUUUGAUAACAAAUGAAAAUCAUUACCGAAUUUCACGCGAUACCAUUGAUUUGUUCUACCUAUUAAAACGGUUUGAAAUUGAAGAGAAAAAUUGAGCUUUCUAUAAUCGAUUGGUUAAAAUAGUAGUCCACUAGAUGCCGAAGACAGUUUUGUUUAAGUUUGCUGAUAAUCCUUGUAAAUAUAGAAAACUGAUAGAUGUUUUAUCGAGAGAAAAAGAUAUUCCAGACUUUCUGUCGUCGACGUUUUUAAGGACGAUUUUCUCCGAAGUUUUUUCUUAUCGUCCUUCUUCUGAAGAGGUCCAACAGUUGAAAGAUUUUUUUAUCUCUCGUAAAGAGUGUAUUCGGCUGCACAUGCAGUGAGUAUUUCGAUUUUAACAUAUCUAAUUAUUAGACCAAAAGCGUAUAUUAAAUGACGAUUAUAAUUACUACUUGAAAGUGCUACAGAUGUAUGUAUGUAAUUAUCCCUCUAAUAAUUGCGUUUUCGAUUUAAAUUUAUGCCCAAGUAUAGCCUUUUAACAUUGAACUCAAAUAUUGUAGAAAUAUGUUUGGUAGCAAUUAUCAGGAACCCAGAAUCGUUUUGUAUACACUAGAGGAAUUCAUCUUCAAAGUUUCAGUUUAUUCUCUUAAUUAACUUUCGUCUAACCAUAGAACAUCCUUACAUACAACUUUGAUCUUAUGAGCGUUUUCUUUGACUCAAAAGCGCUUUAUAUUAAAUUUCAUAACUGCGCAUAAUUAACUAACCUAUAUUUUUCUAAAGUUUAUGCAAGGUGGAAAAAAAUCCUAAAAUUUUAUUGGAUGAACAAGAAACAGAAAUUUCUAAUAAAUUAAAGCUCUAUCACGUCAUUAUUAACAUGACAGUUGAUACUCCACAUUUCAGAUCUGAUUUGAUGAAUGAAAUAAUUGAAGAAGCUUGGCAAUCUGAAUCUCCUAAAAAUGGCUUAUCCAUAGUUAAAAGCUUUCUGAAAAAUCACUAUCAAGCAAUGAAGAAUGACAAAUACUUGCCUAUUCCCGAAAAAUGCAGAGGAUACAAAAUUAUAAAGAACAAACUAGUCUAUUUUGGAGAAGACAGCGAAAUUUCAAAAGAAAAGUACAGGUGCAUGAAUGUUGUAGAUCAGUCCAAGACUAUGUUAAAUUGGAUGCAAUUUUUAAAAGAGAAAAUCCGUAAUUUGACACUUAGCGAGUGUGUAUUGGAAAUUACUGACAUAGAUAAUGCUCAUUUACCUGAUUCAUUUUUAGACGAAGACGUAGACAUUUGCAUUUUACAAAAUUUUAUGAAAAAAUCUGCUUUUGAACAACUGCAACAAAGAGUACAGGAUAAAAAAACGAAACAAAAAUUCACGUGUAUCAAAUGCUCUAAAUCUGUUCAUACUAACUGUAUUCAAUGUGAUAGUUGCUUAUUAUGGUUUCAUUACUCAUGUGUAAACAUAGAAGUACCUAAAAACGCAUUGUAUUUCAGUGACCACGAUUGGUACUGCUGCAAAUGUAAUUCUAUCUGAUGAUUCUUAGAAAUGUAUGUGAUUCAACUAUUAAAUAUAAAUAAAAUUGAUAUUAUUCUUGUAUUUUUUAUAAGUAAAGAAAAUUGUAUACGAUA